GUCGAUUAAACCUUCGUAAAACUCUGGAAGAAGUUCACAAUGGCGUCAGUAGCUAGGAUUUUAUCAGCUAAAACCCCUCAUAAAAUUAUUUCAGCAGCUGCAAAAUGCCGUCUCCAUUUAUUGGAGACAACCAGGUUUAAACAGAAAUCAUUAAGAGUCAUGGCCUAUGCUUUCUCAAAGCAGACUUCUCAAGAAGUGGAUAGAUUGACUUUGGACUGGACAGGGACUUCUUGCAGCAACCUACAUGUGGAGCGGUCCACAAUUUCACAGGCUUCUCAGCUUUGAAUAGAGGAGUUGUGACUUGUGCACAUUUCUAUGUAGCUUCACCCCUGCAUCGUGCAAGCUAUGAGUUGGAGGAGCCUAUGGUACACUUCACGAUCUGUAUGUCUUUAUCUUCCCAUACUUUGUCACAGAUUCAAAGUGUUAGGUUCAUGAGCAAUCGUGUGGUGAAAGUGGAUGUAAGGAAUGGUAUUGCAAGGUUUGACAUAGGUGAACCAGACAACAAAAAUAAGUCUAAACAACACAACAAAGAGAUAUCAGAAAAAAGAAUUCGAAAACAGAAAAAGAAAGAGAAAAAGUCCAAAAAAGCAAAGAAAAGUGAGCUUAGGUUUUACCGGUUGAAGGCAAGAAAGAAGUUGAAAUCAUCAAAUCCUGAAGUCAGAAUUAAAUACAAGCUUGAAAAGGCAAAAAGGAAAGAGGCCUGGUUGAUCGAGAAAUUGCUGAAGUAUGAAAUCCCAAAGGCUCGGUUUGAGAGACAUGAUCCUGAACCCUUGACAGCUGAAGAGAGGUUUUACUUGAAACGGACUGGCCAGAAGCAGAAAAAUUAUGUUCCAGUUGGUGUGCGUGGAAUAUUUGGAGGUGUUAUCCUCAACAUGCAUUUGCAUUGGAAAAGACAUGAAACAGUUAAGGUUAUAUGUAAACCUUGUAAGCCUGGCCAAAUUCAUCAAUAUGCAGAUGAGAUAGCUAGAUUGAGUGGAGGCAUUCCAAUUGAUAUAAGGUUAGAUACAAUCAUAUUCUAUCGGGGUAAGAACUAUGUUCAACCAGAGAUUAUGUCUCCUACAGACACAUUAUCAAAAAAGAAGGCUUUAGAGAAAUAUAUGUUUGAGCAGUCCCUUGAUUCGGUGAAGCAAUUCAUUGCAGUCUUGGAGAGAGAACUUGAAGAUUACCAAAGACAUGUUGCCUUGUAUGGUAAGCCAGGUGAUCCAAGUUCCAGAACCAAAUCAACUGCAAAAUGUGAAACUGAUAAACCAAGUGUGGUUAAAGAUUACAAAGGUGAGGAUGUUGUCAGUCAUGGAAGAGUAAAUGAUUGUAGAUUGGACAGGCUGACAGGUUCAAGGCAUGGAUGUAGCCUAGAUGUCAAUAAUUCUUGUUUAGUUUCAACAGCAGAAAGUGAGGAAGGUGACUCUGAGUUGGAUGACCUUGAUAUGGAUUCUCUACAAGAGGAUGAGCUAGAUUCUCUCACAGGAUCAGAAACUGAAGAAGAGGAUCACCCUAUAUAGGAUCUUCUAAAGAUUUCCAUUUGGCAAAAGAACUUCUGUUGGCUUUAUCUCAAAUUAGAGAGCUUGAGUAUACUUUCAGAUCAUCACCUAAAGGGAAAUAAUGAGCCAAUUUAUGCGUAUACCAUUAGAUGCAGAAUUCAAUAGGUGACCAUGAAUUAUGCUGGGGAGAAUAGAUGACUUAACCAGUUACAAAUAAACAUCACAGAGAAACUUAGCACGUAUUGUUUAUUUUGGACUGCAAGCACAUUCUGGCUCCAAGUUGAUAUUUUACAUGUGUAACAGUAUAUACUAUAUAUUGAUCAUGGAUCACAAAGUGAUGGAUUUGAAAGAUCAAAAAGUAUGAUUCAAACUUCAGAGUAAAACAAUUCAAAAGAGUUUAUAAAUUUUUUGUACAUUGCAGACUUUGAGCAUAA